UUGCAGGCAGAGGUGUGAGCCUGGGCUGGCCUAGAUCAUGGGGGUCUGGCAGCUCUCCAUACUUCGGGCAGGGCUCUGAGUCAGGACUACGCUGAUACGUGGGGACGUGCCCAUGGAGGCUCUGCACCCCGAGACCCACCCCGGAACUAGACUGGACCAGAACACAACAUAGUCACAGCUGUGUUAACACAUAACAUGGUAAUGUGCCCUGCUCUGCAACUGGACCAGACCACAGCGAUCGGGACGCAGCCCUACGUCUCCGGACACAGCACCGUAACAGGAACAGAACAUGCUGAUUCAGACACAGCCAUAUGGCCCAGAACAUGGCAAUGCCACGGCUCGCUGGAACUGGACCAGGACACAGCACCGUGACAAAACAUGGCAAUGUAAUCUUGAGCUGGGACUGAACUGGAAAAGGGUGACCUGGCUGCAGCCACCUGACCCAUAACAUAAUAGCACAACCCCAUGCUGGAACUGGAUCAGCCCAGACCACGGCGACCCGGUCACAGCCACGUGACAUGGCAACACAACCCCAUGCCAGAACUGGAUCGAAACGGUGACUCAGCCACAACCACAUGAACCUUAACAUGGCAACGCAAUCCGGAUCCAGAAGUGGAUUGGAACAUAGCAACCUAGUCACACGCAACCCCCACGCUGGAAUGAGAUCGAAACACAGUGAGCUGGUCACAGCCAUGCAACCUAUAGCACGGCAACGCAACCCUGUGUUAGAACUGAACCGGAACACCCCAACUCGAUCUCAGCCACAUGAUCAACAACAUGGCAACACACACCUUUGUUGGAACUGGACCCGAACAAAGUUACAUGGUCACAGCCAUAACAUGGCAACACAAUCCCACAUUGGGACUGCACCAGAACACGGUGAGGCAGCCACAACUGGGGAACCCAUAAUGUGGCAACGCAGUUUUGGGACAGAGCUGGACCAGAACAUGGUGGUGCAGUCACAGCUCCACAGGAACCUGUAAAAUGGCAAUGCAACCCUGAGCCAAAACACAGUGACAGCCACUCAGAUGUUGGUAUGUUACAGGCCACACAAUAUAGCCCUGAGCCGGAACCGGACCAGAACAUGGUGACAGUCACAGCCAGGCAGCCUGUAACAUGGCAAAGCAACCCUAAGCCAGAACCGGACCAGAAUACUGUGAUGUGGUCGUAGCCACAUGGCCCAUAAUGUGGCAACACAACCUUGAGCCAGAACAUGACAAUGUGGAUAAGGCGAUGCUGUCAUAGUAUAGUGACCUAAUCCAUAAUGGUGAUGUGAUGCUGAGCCAGGAGUGGAGGAGAAUGUGGUGGUGCAGUCCUUAUCGCUGUUCUGAUCCAGAAGCACCUUAGGACACAGCAAUGCAGCCCAUUACACAGUGACACUGCCCUGAUGCAUAACUAGCCUAGAACAUGGUGAUUUGAGUCAUAACAUAGUGUUGGCACCUUUGAGCCAGAACAGGCCAAGGAUUUGUCCCUGAGAAGGCGCCGAGAAGGCAGUCUACUGCUGACAGCUCUGUGUUUCCAGGGAAGGGGCAGAAAUUAAAAAUGUCAAAAGUUACUACAGAGCUUCUUUUGGAAAGAGCAGUUCCAAGAUCUACUAGGCUACGAAAGAUUGAGACUCUGAACUUAUCCAAGCUGCAGUUAAAGACCGGAGACUUGGACCCCCGGUUGUUUUCCCGUCUGAGACAUCUGCAAAAUCUCGAUCUCUCUGAUAAUCUGUUGGACAAGCUACCUGCUAAUCUAAGCCUGCCAGACCUGCGUGUCCUAAACUGCAGUAACAACCAACUGGAAGAUGUGACUCUCCUGAAGCAGUUCCCGCUGCUGGAGGAGCUAAACUAUGAAAACAAUGUGUACCUGACAACCAAUGAUGACUAUAAGGUCAUGUUUCUUUUACAAAAUCUUCGGCUACUCAAUGGCAAGGAUAUCACCAAAUUAGCUAAUCACGUGAGAGUUGUCAACAGCCGAGAGCUGACCAGCAAGGUCACAGCUCACUGGGAAAGGCACUUCCGAAGCCAACUCCCUGAGAAGUAUUCAGUCGAGCACGUGAAGUUCAUCAGGAAAAAGUUUCUGAAGUCUGCACAAACCCACGUCAUAUACGGACCCAGCUCCCUCGGUGAAUUUACCCGAUGGAGGGUGAAAAUGAUUGCAGAGGAGUUACUGGCAUCCAUGGUGGGACAGGAAGAGAACACAAAUCCUGAAACACAAGAAAGGGUGGAAGAUAAUGAGGAGGAGACUACAGAAAACCCCAGGGAGGUGGGAGAUGAUGAUAUUGCGCAGGUCACAUUAGUCCCCAGCAAGAGAAGAGGGAAUCACUCAACAGCGGGAUCUGCGAGCAAAAGGCCACGGUCCCAGUGUAACACUGAGGAGGAAGUAGUGCUUAGUCCCAGAAAGUCCAGCCAUUCACAGGAUGAGCCAACUCCCGAUAGACCAAGACCAUCGAGCCAACAGACCAAGGUGGCCGAAGAGACUCACAGGAAUGGAGAACAGCCUCCCAAAGGACAAAGCCACAGAAGAUCCAGCCAGUUGACAGAGGAGCAGAAAAGCCAGGAGCAGGACAAAAGGGUUCUGACCAUAACCCCGGUCAAGAACCUAGAAGACAAGGAAGUUAUCAGUUUGGAGCCAUUGCAUUUUCUUCAGUGUCACAGUAAAGGCAACAGCCGGGAGGAUUUUAAAACGCAGCUCUGGUCCUGUGUCUUCGAGCCGCCAUUGGAUUCUGGGGCAAGGAAAGAUCCUGUAGUGAGCACCUCCAGAACCAUGGCCACAUGUGGAGGGGAAUCUGUUUGUCUUAUUGACUGUGAGACCGGAAUCGUGCUGAAAAAGUAUAAAGUCCCUGCAGAGGAGUUUUUCACUGUUGCAUGGACAACUCUGACCAUGGUAACUAACGACGGUCGGAAAAAAAAACAUAAUAUCCUGGCCGCAGCCGGAAGAAGAGGAAUUGUAAAGCUGAUUCAUGUAUCGGCUGAUUUCUGCUACGGAGAGAUUAAGGCUCACAAAAAGCCCAUUGCUACAGCCUGCUUCAGCCCAAGCUGCGAGACACACCUCUUUACUGCAUCCUAUGACAAAAGAAUUGGCCUCUGGGAUAUUGGGGUUCCGGAUUGUGACUACAACUUCAAAGCAAGCCAACUGCUGGUGCUGGAAGUUGCCUCUAUUCCAUUACGCAUUGCCCUGGUCCCAUCCUGCCCAGAUCAGUUCCUGCUGGCUGGCUGUGAAGAAGGUUGUUUUGCUUGGGAUAUUAGACUGAACAAGCCACAGAAGAGCAGGCCUUUUGAAGUGGCGUUCCAGUUUCCUAAUGAUGAGGGAGAAGCAACAGCUUCCCACAGAGUGGAUGGAUUGGCUUUUUUGAACAAGGAUGUUGUGGUUUCUAAGAGUUCUAAGACAGGGUCUAUCUACUUAUGGAGCUGGAGUCAGUCUUUUGAGGCACAGGGGAAAUCAUGUCAGCGAACACGACCUGCGCUCAUUCUAGCUGAACUGGAGUGGUCUACAACAGACCUGCCCUACCUUACCCUCAGCACCUGUCCAGCAGCAGAGUAUGUGUUCUGCGGCGAUGAAAAGGGAAGCGUGUGGAUGUACAAUCUCAGCAAGCACUCUUCAGCCUGGAGGGCCUCCAAGGGAAAACGCUCAGAGAACAGAAUAGCUCCCACACAGAUUCUUGAGUGGCCAGAGCUUCGAGCAAAUGGGGAGCUGCUGACUGAAGUCUUAAUAAACAACGUGGUGACAGACCCUACUUUCACUUACCUUAUUGCUUUAACUGGCGUCAAUAUAGCAGCGGUAUGGAAGAAAACAUAGCUUGUUCUUUAUGGAAAAUUUCAUUCCUGUGAUGUUUUGAAAUAGUGCAGUAUUAGUGAUUGUUUCCAAGAGUAACCAUGAAGUUUUCUAAACCAGCCCUUAUCAUGCAAGAGAGAAAAUGCAAAGGGACUUGGCGCACAUGCUGUCAUUGACAAUACCCAGCUUCUUUUACUGUGAGUUUUCACAAUUUGUGUAUUUGUUUUAUAGAAAUAUGAUACUUAAUAAAAUGUAAUACCUGGUAACUUGGGAGUGAAGAGAUGACUUAUGGGGAGGGAAUGCAGCCAUAGAUCUAGGAGGGGCAUUGCUCAGCAGUUAAUCAUGUUCUGGAAGUACAGUUUCCAAGCCCAAUACUACAUGGUCACUUUAACAUGCUCCACGCUACACAAGACAAAAUAACCUGGAGACUACCCAGCUGUUAAAUCUUACCUCUUUUUAUAACAGUAAUCAAAGGCUCUACACUCAUUGUGGAAGUCACACAGCUUU